CAUCAAUGAGGAGUGAUAUUAGAGAGGACUUGACCAUGACCAUGACUCUCUACAAACUUCCAAAGAACCAGAAUGUAGGGAAACUUUCAAAAUAUAACAUCCUAAAUUCUUGAUUUUAAAAAAAAAAAAAGAAAAAAAGAAAGUCAAGAACCAACCAGUUUGCUUCUUUAUAUUUGGUCAACUAUAUAUUAUCAACAAAAUUCCACUCUUAUUAAAAAAUAAAAGUUAAUUAAAAAAUUCAUGGUAUCAAGACUCAAGAGACUAUUUAUACCCUGAUGAAUUAUUUUCACAUCAUUCGUUCAUUCAUUCAUUUAUUUUUCUCUCUCCUCAUCCCAACUAAAAACACCCAUCUUCAUAAAUAUUAAGUUUAAUUUAUUUCAAAAUGAUAGAAAAUAAUAAUAAUAGCUCAAAUAUAGAAAGUUUAAGGAUGCAUAUAAUGACGACUGAUGGGGGUAUUAUAGACAAAUCAAUAGCUAGUCUUGGAAAAGGCUUCGAUUUAACAUCAGAUUUUCGUCUCAGAUAUUGCAAAGGAAAUCAAAGGAUUGUUUUACUCAAUGAAGAUCAAAAGAAGCAGCUUUUUGUCCCUGGUUUUGGCACUUUAAAACAACCCGUUUCCAUUGAUAUCAAAUGUGAUAAGGGUGAUCAUACUCGCCAUCAAUCCGAUAUCCUUGACUUCAAUCAGAUGUCGGAGUUCUUCAAUAGGAUAUCGGCGAUUUCUGGGAAGAUCCCAUCGGGUUUGUUCAAUUCAAUGUUCAAGUUUGAAAGUGGUUCAUGGGCUAAAAAUGCAGCUAAUGUAAAGUUACUGGGGCUUGAUGGUUACUCUAUAGUUUUGUUCGAUAUGCAUAUCGAUCGUUAUCCUUUGCAACUUUCUGAUGAAGUCCUCAAUGAUGUUCCUUCCACUUGGGAUCCUCCUGCCAUUGCAAGGUUUAUUGAAAAGUAUGGGACUCAUGUCAUUGUGGGAAUAAGCAUUGGUGGGCAGGACAUGGUUUUGGUGAAGCAAGAUAAAACAUCGAAGCUUGAAUCAUCAGAACUCAGGAAGCACUUGUAUGAGCUGGGAGACCAGCUGUUUACAGGCACUUGCCCCAUUGCUCCUAAAAACCGCAAAACUAAAGAGCCAAGACGAAAGGUACCGUCAGCAUUCAAUAUCUAUCAGCAGCAGGCAGCUCUUUCUGAUAGCCUUUCUGCUAUUACCUCAAAAGAUGGUAUCAGUGUGAUAUGUGCGAAAAGAGGGGGUGAUCCAUCAUUCAGCAGCCAUAUUGAAUGGCUUCCAACAGUUCCAUUGAUGCCUGAUGCAAUUAACUUUAGCUUUAUCCCUAUAACUUCGCUACUUAAAAGUGUUUCUGGGAAAGGUUUCCUGUCACAUGCUAUCAAUCUAUACCUUCGUUAUAAACCCCCAAUUGCUGAUUUACAGUAUUUUCUGGACUUCCAAUCAGCCAGGAUAUGGGCGCCUUUACACAGCGAUCUUCCAUUAGCCCCAACAACAAAUAUUUCGCUUCCAUCAUCUACUCUUCAUUUCAACAUCAUGGGUCCAAAAUUGCACGUAAAUACAUCAAAGGUUAAUGUUGAGAGCAAACCUGUUACAGAGAUGCGAUUAUACCUUGAGGGCAUGAAAUGCGACAGGUUGGCAAUACAUCUUGAACAUCUAUCAAGCAUGCCACUAAUGCUACAAAACAAAAUCGACAGUGGCUUAUUUUGGAGAGGAUCAGAUGAGAUAGCAGAUGACAGGUAUUCUGAACCAGUUCAGAAAAAGUUCUCACACGUAUGCACAGCACCGGCUAAGUACGAUCCAUCCUGGACCAGUGAGCAGGAAAAAGUGGUAUUUAUUGUCACUGGAGCUCAGCUUUAUACUAAAAAGCAUGGCUCAAAGCAAGUUCUCCAUCUCCGACUUCUAUUCUCCAAGGUGUUGAAUUUCGAGAUAGUUCAGUCAGAGUGGUGUCAAGGUUCAUCAGAAUCAACAUCACAAAAGUUGACGAGGUAUAGUAGUCCAUCAAGUUCAGGGAGCUUAGAGGCAGAAAAAGAGCAAAUGGUAAUAGUCGAUUCUAGUCUUUAUCCCACUGGACCACCAGUUCCUGUUCAAAACCAGAAGUGUCUCCGGUUUGUAGAUACUACUCAAACAUAUAGAGGGCCUCAAGAUAAUCCCGGUUAUUGGAUUGCUACUGGUGCUAGGUUAGGUUUGGUGAAGAACAAGAUAUGUUUGCAGGUAAAGUUUUCGUUGUUAAACAUAUGCUCAUGAUUGAGGUAUGGCAUACACAAGCCAUUAUUCAGACAUUCUAAAAUAGUAUUCCGUACAUAUAAAUCUACUCCGUAUUAUUGAAGAAAGAGAGUCAGAAAACAAAUCUUCUGCGGCAGAUAUACAAUUAAUAUGGCAAAGUUCACUUGUACAAAAGAUAAUUCAAGAGCUUGGAAAUACAAUUGAUUUUUUUAAUUGCACACUAUUGUAUUCUUUUUAGUAAACAUUGGCUAUUUAAAAUUAUUGUUAAUGGGGUGAUUUCCCCUCAUAAUUUAAUUGUUUAUU